AUGCUAACUCAAAAACUCCAAUUACUUUGCCUCCAGGAACUUGGACAGCUAUGUAGUGUGAUAAUGGAGCCACUGAGGGAUCGGGUAGUCACAAGCCUGCUUCAAGCAUCACUUGACGGAUUGCUUCGAGUACUAUUAGAUGGAGGCCCAUCACGUGUAUUUCAUCCAAGCAAGUCAAAACUACUGGAAGAAUAUGUAGAGGUCUUAAAGUUUUAG